ACAGCACGCCCGAGCCGAAGGGCGGCCGCUGCUUUUGCGUCACCAAGCCCCCGGGACUGCGACACCAUGCCCAGCCCUGGAGCUACUGCCAUGGUGAAGGAGCACGUUGCCCUUCCUGUCCUGCCCGCCAUCUCGGCCUGCGCUUGCCACCACCAUGUCGGCCGACCGCUCUCCCAGGGACGACGAUGACAUAACCCACCCACACGACGACGCCAACCUCGACACCCCCGAUAGCCACCACCACAACCACUACUCCCCCGAAGCUUUCGACUUUGGCGAGCUGUUCGGCCACUACAGCGCACCCGCCGACGAGGGCCCGUUCGACGACGUGUACCGCGCCCCGCCCGUGCCCUACUCCACCGGCUUCUUCGACCACAUCCUCAAUCCAGCCGGGCUCGACCACGGACGAUAUUCACCCUUUGCUUGGCGCCCGUACAGCCCAUUCACCGGAGAGAUGCCGCCCACCACACGCGCACGCCCACAGGGCUCACGACCUGACCGUCUCGCAAAUGGCUACGUCGACCUCACAAGCGCCCCCGAAUCACCGCCGCGGAGAAGGAAGCCGCAGUCGCCCACCCCAGGCCCCUCGGCGAAGCGCCAGAAGCGGGACGAUGGCUCAGCUACGGAAACCAAGCAGGAGAGCGCCGAGCCUGAGAAGAUCGAAGAGCUUGACCUGACGGAGCAGAAGACGCCGCUGCAAGAGGCCCUGCAGAAGCAACAGGAGGAUGCUGUCAAGGCGCAGGCAAAGCCAGAGGAGACUGUCACCACCUUCAACUCGUUCAACUGCGUCAUCUGCAUGGACAAUCCUACAGAUCUCACAGCCACUGCAUGCGGCCACCUCUUCUGCCACACCUGCCUCAUGGAAGCCCUCAUCGCCGGCGAGAACCGAACCGGGCCUCACGAAACGAAGCGUUCACAGUGUCCUGUCUGCCGAAAGACCAUCAGCCGGAACAAAGCGACGGAUGUUAUACCUCUGCUGCUGAAGAAGGGUCUGGCUACACAGCCAAGGAAGAAAGUGGUUGCAUCAGCUGCAGCACCCGCACCCAAGGUAGCUUGAGCACUUGGACUUCACGAUGCUUCUUUUGCUUUCAUCUUUUUUGAUGUAGCCCCGGAGACCGUAAACUAAGCCCUCCUAGCCAGUCAAGAAACUGCCCCAACGCCUACCUCGAACCACUACGCGUCGCACGAGACGGGAGGACAACGUGGAGUGGGUGUGAGAGGAUAGAAUGGACAACGCAUGAGGGGGGAAAUACUGGGGGUGAGACGGGAGUGGACUGUGAUGAGAAGUCAGAGCUGGUCAC